AGUUGGGUCUCCAUGUUACUAGUGACAUGCAGACUGUUGGGUGUAGAAGUUAAGAGUUUUGCUUAUGGGAUCAGUAAUUCGCACCCGUUUAGGUGAAUUCAGCUUUUAUUCAGUCUGUGAAGGCUACGCACCGUCCCUUGGUACAGGUUUACUGAUUGCUCCCCUAAGCUCUUGGGAGGUCAGUGUAUCUGAAUCUCAGCACGGUCGUGGAUAGGCAGGAAUCUCCUUGUUAAGUGGUUGUUAGUAGUUAAUCCCCUUUUUACCAGUAAUAUGUUGGUAGAUAGUGAAGUUCGGAGUUUUGGUUGCGGGAUUAGUCAUUACUGCCUCUAUUCAGGUAAACUUAGCCUUUGUGUAUGUUUCCCGGCAGCUACGUCCUCUGUUUGAUCUGGUAAUUGAUAUUGCUGCCUUACGCACUUUGGGGGACGCGUACAUUACAGUUUCAGCUCAGUCUCAGGUGGGCAGGCGCCCAUCAGCUGGAGUCUGUAUCGGCUUCGUAAGUGUUUCUUAAUAAUUGACUGGCUUUGUUACCAGAGAUUUGUUGGUUAGUUAAGACAGGCGUUGUGGUUAUGGGAUUAGUUGUUAAUGUGUCUAUUCAGGUAAACUCGACGUUAAGCUCUCUGGGGGCCUGCACCCUCUCUGUUUGCGCUGGCACUUACCAUCAGUUAUAAGCACCGAGACCAGCUUGUUAUUGGUAAGGCAAACUGCUGAAGCAGCAGCUUCCUGCUGGUGUGCAGACCGGCGAGUCUCCCGAGUAACGACUACUUAGCUAAGUGCCGGUCACAUUCCAAUCACUGCUUCCAGAACAUUACUGCAUUUCAAAGUGAGUUUGGAUGACAAGAGCAGUACCAGUAGGUCAUUCAGGGUCCAAUCUCAGGAUUUUCUAUGCUUCCUUAGAGAGUGAGUGAACGUGAAAGUCAGCUUCAAUGAUUUUUCCUCAAUUUGAUACUUCCUGGUGUAUUUUGGAUACCGCGGUUUAUUAUUUUUUUAUGAGAAAUGGAAUAUAUUGGAACAUAAUGAUCAAUGACAGGGUCACAGACCAGGGUCACCAGGCACUCCUUUUAUUUCAAAUGAUUUAAAAACUUAAUUAAUCUGUGACGGUGGCCUGCUGGGGCCGCCCUGAUUCGGGACGUCGCCUCUGUUUGAGUCCCCAUGCCAGUCGGGUAAGCAGACUGCAAGUUAUCUCAGUGUGUAACUGUAGGAAUUCGACACAAAGGAUUGUCUGCCACACCAGUAGCUGUGGGAGCUAUGGGAGAGCCCCUGGUUACCCAGAGUAACCCAAUAACCCAAGCAUGCUCACUCCACAGCAGGACGCGCUGUCGCCUGAAACCCGGCACAUUGCUUCGUAACAUUAAUUACAUUCUGCAAAGGGAAAGUCUAGUUUUACACCCGCAAGGAACUUCACCACUUGCCAAGUUGCUUGUAAUUCAAACUUUCGCUUUGUGGGGUUGCAUCAUUUUUUAGACUUUAAAGUGAUACAUGGAAAGAAAUAUUACAAAAACUCCAGCAAGAAUGUAUUUCCAAGCUCAAGUUUGCAGGUUUAUCCAUGUCCAGCUACAGAAAUGAGAAAAAUGUAAUAACUUGCUUGAGCAACUAAACCGCUUCUCUUUCCCUAAAAAGUAACUUUUAGGGAAUGUAUUGCCUGUCAGUUAUAUAACAAAUCAUCCAUCUUUUAGUCCUUUAAGAAAAUAUAUUGUCACGCCAAGAGGAGGCAGAAUAGGACAGACCUCUGCUGGACAUUCACCUAGUUUCCCAAAUAUAUCAUCUGCAUUAAAGCAGUUUCCCUAAUCCAUUCACAAUUCUCUUUAUAGUACACAGCCUUCCCCCAAGCCUUCAAGCAGGGAGCACUAUGUUCAUUUAGUGGAUCCCUUUGUCCGUAGCACCGUCAUUGUCCAUGGUUCGGGUGAGGCUCGGUCUAAGAGCGCUCGUAGGAGUUUACUUACACAAAAAUGUUCUGAGGGCAGAAGGAAAAAUGAUUGGUUCAGUGAGAUAACCAAUCAGAGUAUAGAGGAGGAGGGACCAAGACAUCUGACUGGGUCCCAUUAGUUGCCAUGGGAACCAGCCCAAUGCCUGCUUCAUCCAUAUGAACCAGGUGCCUAACAGCAUCGUCUGAAGGCCUAUGGAACGGAUGGCCGGUGAUGCUGCCCUCUGUUAAAAUGGAGUGUAAAAAUCCUGCUGCUUUAUGUCUUUUUAUAGGGACGCGUAUAGCAACACAUAAGAUUGAUGAAGUUUAGGGUUACGGCUACUGAUUCAUGAGGGACUUUUAAAGAGUACAUUCAAAUCUUUACUCUGUAAGCGACCUGCCUAUUCAACAGCCUUUGGACCCAAAGCAAUCUACCUGGAGGCUCAUUCUCAUGACAGAGCCACACUUCCUUGUAUAUGCGGCCCACGGUUUUUAGUUUUGCGUUUGCAGUUUUGCGAAAGGACCGUAUAAUUUCAGGAAAUGUCAGAAAAACCGAAGCCUGUAAUUAUAAAGUUUUAACUGUUAUAAAUCAGACUGUCCAUGCAGGGUUCAACUAGGCGAUAGAUAUCAGGACAGUAAUGUGAAUUUUUUAAGCAGUUUAUCAAUUCACUGGUUUUUCAGUGAAGGAAAAAUCUAAAAUCAAUGAAAUGAAGCCACAAAGACCUCACAGAACAAUAAGAGCACAAAACAAGUUUGCUAAUGUAAAUGAAUAGCAGGGAUUCUUGUUUAAGUUUCAUUCCUUGUUUUUGUCAUUAGCCCAGAGGUACGUCACAGCCAGUCCUACAAGGAACAGCCAAUAAGAAGCAGGGGUGUGGAAAAGCAGAUAAACACUUCUCACUAAUCCAGUUACAAAUGACUGGAAAAUGCACACAUCUAAGCUUAAAGCUCCAAACAGGACAUAACAGCUGAAAUUCAAAACAUCUGACCAAAUACGUCAUGACAGUGUCUUUGCGUGGUUGUAGUGGGAGGAUUGACACAGUUACGUUUAUACAGUUACCACACAGGAGACUGCCUUCUGAAUUACCUGGGACCCAAAGUUCAUACAUUCAUAGCCUAAAACACUGAAAUGCAUUUUACAGGAAACUUUGGAAGAAAACUAAAUCUUUGUUGAGAACCAUUUCACGUAGAAAAACUGGUACAAGAAAACUACUUGUGUGUUGCAGCGAUAGUUUUAGACAGAUCCUUUUUAAAUAAAAGAGGGAAGAAAUACUACUCAUGUUAUUUCUUAUAAUAAAAGUCAGCAGCAAAUGAAAAACAAAUUUAUUAUGAACAAGGACCUUCAUUAACAUCUCCUGUACGUUUUGGAAACAUUCUGCUUUAGGGUCACUGGAAUCUCCUGAGUCACUGUCAAACUAGUACAAACAGGCUACUAGCAAUUGAGAGUUAAAGACUCACUUUUUUCCUCAAUGAACCUGGUAAACAUUUGCCCUGGAGUUCAGCCAUUUGAACCCUGUGGACCCCCCCUCAGAUUACUUGAUGGUAGCCAGUUAAAAAGUUACCCUCUGCCAUGUGCCACAGUGGCCCAAUCUACCCUUUAAAAGUGUCACACACAGCACUGGGAAGCAGGGACUCAGCCCAUCAACAGCCGCCUCUUCAUCCACCACCAUUGAGAACUCUGGUGAAAGCCAUGAAGAUCAUCAACAUCGGACCAGACCCAUCGCAGGUUUAUCGGCCAAAUGAGACAAAUAUCAACGACGAUGCAAAAUCUGGGUACAGGAACUUCCAGAAUGGGGAUCUUAUUGAGAGAGUCUACAGAACCUACAAGAUAAUGCACACUAAUCAAACUUUGGCAUUUGUGAAAAAGAAGCAUGAAAUGUGGUCUGGAUGCAAUCACACUCAAAUGAACAUGAUGGAGAGCAUCGGCACUCUAGAUCAGCUGGUGGAUGAAUCUGAUCCAGAUGUGGACUUCCCCAAUUCCUUCCAUGCCUUCCAGACAGCUGAAGGAAUUCGUCAGGAGCACCCAGACAAAGACUGGUUCCAGCUGAUCGGGCUCAUCCAUGACAUCGGGAAGAUCAUGGCAUUUUGGGGAGAACCUCAGUGGGCUGUGGUUGGCGACACAUUCCCAGUAGGCUGCAAGUUCCAGAACUCCAUCGUCUUCAGAGGCACCACAUUUGUGGACAAUCCAGACGAACAGAACCCAGCCUACAACACUGAAUAUGGAAUCUACCAACCACAGUGUGGCCUGGACAACGUAUGGAUGUCAUGGGGCCAUGAUGAAUACUUGUACAGAGUGAUGAAGUUCAACAAGUGCUCCAUUCCCGAAGAGGGUCUGUACAUGCUGCGAUUCCACUCCUUCUACCCCUGGCACACCCACGGUGACUACAUGCACCUCUGCAACGAGAAGGACCAGCACAUGCUGCCGUGGGUGAAGGAGUUCAACAAAUUUGACCUGUACACAAAGAGUACAGACCUACCAGAUGUGGAGAAGCUGAAACCUUAUUACCAGUCACUGAUAGACAAGUACUGCCCAGGGGAGCUGUACUGGUGAGGGCCGGAGGUGCUGCGAACCCGAGAAAAGCCCCCCCACGCAAAUGCAAGAAAGUCUGCAGGGUGGGGCAGCAGCUGAGAUGAGCACGCUGACAUCACAUAGCGCAGCUGAAGAAAACAGGACAGAAGGCUUUGGAAAAUGUUUAUUAUAUAGAAUACAAAAGUUUGUAUAAAAAUGCACUCAACCAAUCCCCCCACAAUUAUAAUAAAGCUUUUUUUUGGGGGGGGGGGGUGGUUAGAAAUGUCUUGCAUUGCUUUUGGGGAAAAAAGGCAAAGGAAAUAAAAUCCAGCAGAUGCAUCUAUGA